AUGGAAACCGUCGACCUCGUCAUCGUCGGCGCCGGCUGGCACGGGAUCUCUGCCGCAAAAACAUACCUCGAAGUGCAUCCCACACACAAAGUAAUCAUCCUCGACCGCAGCGCAUCCAUUGGCGGAGUCUGGGCCAAAGAGCGCCUCUACCGCGGUCUCCGAACAAAUAACCUGCUCGGCUCCUACGAGUUCAGCGACUUUCCCAUGACAGAAGCGCAGUUCGGCGUCCGUGUCGGCCGACACAUUCCAGGUGAUGCGGUCCACGCUUAUCUACAGGCUUAUGUCAAGGAGCGGGACUUGGGCGAUAAGAUUAGGCUGCGGUGCAAGUUGAUGAGGGCUGAGUAUACGAGCGACAAGAAGUGGGUUUUGACUGUUGAUGAUGGUCGUGGGGGGGAUGAAAGUAGUACCGGGGGUACUACGUUUGUUAUCAAAUCUCCAAGAUUGAUCCUGGCUACGGGGUUGACUUCGCAGCCGUCUAUGCCGCAGUUGGCGGGUGAAGACGUGUUUGGGGUUCCUCUGUUCCAUGUUCGUCACCUGGCGCGGUACGAGAGUAGGGUCCUCGUGGAGGGAGCGUCUGUCACCGUGCUGGGAGGGACCAAGUCCGCGUGGGAUACAACGUACGCGUGCGCCUCGUCCGGCGUCUCUGUCGACUGGGUAAUUCGGGAGUCGGGCCACGGACCGGGGUGGAUGGUGCCGACGUUUUCGGCGCCCUUCCAGCGACCUAUGGAGGACUUUGUGGCGACUCGGUUGACUACGCUGCUGAGCCCGUGUAUCUGGGGCGAGGCGGACGGGUUUGGGAAAGUCCGCCGGUUUCUCCAUGGGACGUGGUUGGGGAGGAAGGUUGUGGACGCUUUCUGGGGUACAAUGGAGAGACAGGUUAAUGCUGUCAACCGGUACGAGGAUCACCCCGGCACGGAGAAGCUGAGGCCAUGGAUUCACCCGUUCUGGGUUGCGUCGACGUUUAAUAUCUUGAACUAUCCGACGGACUUCUUCCAGUAUGUGCGGGAGGGGUUGGUGAGGGUUCACAUUGCUGAUAUUGACCGGCUGUCUUCGGAAAUGGUCCACCUCUCGAAUGGAGACCAAAUCACUACGACCGCUUUGGUGUGUUGCACCGGGUGGAAAUCGACCCCCGAGAUCGAGCUCGUCCCGGCCAACCUGGCUCAUCAGAUUGGCUUCCCUGGAUCGCCAGAUUAUUUGAGCGAAGACACAGUGGAUCGAGCCACUCAGGAGAUUCUGCGUCGAUUCCCAACCCUCCGCAACCAGCCAGUCCUCAAUGGCACCUCCAUCCAGCGAGAAAUAACACACCCCAUUCGCCUCACCCGGUUCAUGGUUCCUCCUGCCUUCUUGCACGACCGAUCUCUAGUCCUUGUCGGGAACCUCGUAUCGUUCGCCACGAGCAUGGUCGCUGAGGUUCAGAGUCUGUGGGCCACUGCAUACUUUGACAACCAACUCUCAGCAACCAGCCCCAUAAGUGCCCUCCUUUCCAACUCUGAAUCCGACGGAGCAUCGGAUGAAGCCCAUGAGGACAUCGGGUGGGAAACAGCCCUCCACACCGAAUUCGGGAAAUGGAGGUGUCCGGGCGGAUAUGGUCAUCUGCAUCCGGACUUUGCGUUUGAUCUUCUCCCCUACUUGGACCUUCUUCUGGGGGAUUUGGGUGUUUCUACGCGUCGCAAGUCGACCUUUUGGGCCCAUUUGUUCCAGCCUCAUGGGCCGGGAGAUUAUCGAGGGUUGGUUGCGGAAUGGAAGCGCGUGAGCAGGGAGGCUGACUCUGAAGAGGUCGAGAGUACGGAUGAGGUGAAUUGAGAUUAGGAGAUCCUACCUUCUUCGUUUCAUACUUGCAAGUUUGUACGAUUCCAUGGUUGGGAGAUCCCAUAUCAACACAUUCGGGUACCACUGUCAUUGAGUUCUUGAUCCCAUUUCAUUGCUUUUGGCUAUCAG